CGCAUAAAAACUAUUUCAAUAUUUUUAUUUCAACAUACAAAACAUCAAAUAUGUAUGAUGUCAUAAAUAACAAAAAAUAUAAUAUAGUAAAAAACAAGAAAAAAUAAAAAACAUAUUUAUCCAAAUAGAAAAAACAAAAGUAUACAAAACUAUUUAUUCAUUGAUAUAAAAAAGAAUCAUUUUUCCAUAUCUUCAAAUAGUUCAUGCCAUCAUCACUUCAUCAUAUAAGAAAGAACCUUAUCUAGUUAACAUCUUUCCAUACUCUUUUCUCCUUCCUUUUUCUUCUUUGUUCAUUCUCUUCCUCAUCCUUCACUAUCUCUCUUUAACGUUUCUUUUCUCAUGUAUAGUUUGCCAAAUUAACAAGUAAAUAACAUUGACCAUAACUCUCCUAUUGUCAAACACAAGUGAAUUACAUUACAAUGACCAUAACCUCUUCCUAAUCCUAACCCCACCCCCACCCCACAAGAUGGGACCCAUCACAUGGAUUAGUCCUUAUCAUAGUGGGUCCAAUAACGAUCACCGUAGAUUUGUUUCCAUGUAAUAUCAUAUGAGACGGUAUCAUAAGGGUCCCAUCCUCUAUAUCACUAGUUAAUUACUACCUCCCUCUCUUUCCUAACAUUAAUAAACAACCCUCUCAUUCUUCAACUCAAUCACUCUUGUGCUAUAUAUACACUUUCACUCUCUCAUUCUAACUUCAACACUCAAAACAUCUUCCUAAUUCUAAUUCUCUUCCAUCUACGUUGUUGUUUUUGUCCUUGUCAUCACUUUUGUAUUUUUGUUUUCUAAUUAUGUCCAAUGAAGCUUCUAGAAACAUUGAUCUCACUCUCGGUGAUCCCAAAGAAGAACCGGAAACAGAAGAUGGGUCAGCGAUGCCGGUGGCGAUGCAAAUGAACCAGGCCCAAGCCCAAGUCCAGGCCCAGGCCCAGGCCCAACAACAACCGCUUCAAAAGAGAGCCUCUACAAAAGACCGUCACACCAAAGUAGAAGGAAGAGGCAGAAGAAUCCGAAUGCCUGCCACGUGUGCGGCUCGGAUCUUCCAACUAACCCGAGAACUCGGUCAUAAAUCUGACGGUGAAACAAUCCGGUGGCUACUCGAACACGCUGAACCCGCCAUCAUUGCCGCCACUGGAACCGGUACCGUCCCCGCCAUCGCCAUGUCCGUUAACGGCACACUCAAAAUCCCAACAACCUCCCCAAGUAAGGAACAAGAACCACAACAAUCCGAAGACUCACCGGAGAAAAAGAAACGUAAAAGACCAUCGAACAGUGCUUACGUGGACAUAAACGACAGCGUUUCAGUUUCAGCAGGUUUAAUAACAACCUCGAACAUAAACCAGAAUUUAACUGCCACCGCGAUAAUUCCGCAACAAACUGCAAUUCCGUUACCGCAAAAUAUGGUUCCUGUGUGGGCCAUACCAUCGAACGCAGUCGUUUCAGGUGGAAACGCGUUUUUCAUGGUUCCAACGAAUCAGCCUCAGUUUUUUACAUUAGCUAGACCAAUAACCGGUUUUGUUUCUUCAAUGGUAAGACCGGUUAUUCAACUUCAACAACAAGCUUCCACGUCAUCGAACACGUGUACAACAUCACCGUUAAUGAAGUCUCCGGCGACAGCCACCGUGAUGGCGCCGAGUACCGCCGCAACAACCACCACGCAGAUGUUGAGGGAUUUUUCGUUGGAGAUUUAUGAUAGACAAGAGCUUCAGUUGUUGAGAGAACGAAAUUGAAGAAAGUAGAAAGUUGAAUUUGGUUAACGACGUCGUUUGAGAAGAAAAGCAUGUGGGCACGUGAUUUGGGAUUAGAAAAUGGUGGGGACCACGUGUGUGGGCGUGUGGGUCAACAAGAAAAGUGGGGGGCGGGGGAAGGUGGGGACACAGUAGUGGUGGUGUGAACCGUGCAAUGGGGUACUACUAGUACUAGUAUUAUUCUAUUCUACAACUAUCAAAAAAUUUAAUUUUUUGGAUGUAGUAUACUGUUAAUUACAGUAAUUAAAUAUUUAAAAUAAGAAUAAAAGUUCAUAUGAAUUUGUCAAA